UUCAUAUAAACAAAUAAAAAUAAUAACAAAACAAACAAAAACAAAUCCUGAUCCUGAAAAAAAUGAGCCUCAUAGUGUUUGUUAUAACGUUUGCAGUGAUAAUUUACAGUAUAUCUUGGAUCCUUCCUAUAAUCCUAUCGUGGAUCUUCGAAAGAAAAUACAAAAUUCCUAUAACCAUAAGCAAGAUCAGUUUCCCUUAUUUAAAACUAUGUGAUAUUAAGAUAUCAAAAAACGAAUACACUAUACAAAUCGAAGAAAUCGGAAUCAAAAGUAGCUUUUUAAAUUCUGAACUCACAAAACUUAUCACUUUAGUUGUUAAGGAUGUUAGAAUUAAUAAGAGUUUAUCUAAAAAUAGUAGGGUUACCACUAUGGAAAAGUCCAAAGAGAAUAUUUUGGAUUUUAGAAAGAAGAAAGUGCCUCACUUCAUUAAUACAUUUGCACAGUUUAUGGCUGUCCAUGUCUACAACAUAUCAGCAAUCAUCCAGCUGGACACUGAAUGCUUGCUGCAAGUCUUACCGAAAGACUUGCACAUUGACGGCAGCAUUUUGAAGAAUGCCAAAUCGCUUUUGGUUACUUUGAAUAUCACCGAUGCGUAUGUGAGCGUACUGAAACGGUCCAGUAACAAGGCCAGGACCAAACUUGCAGAAUUUUCUUUUGGGAUCACUUUGGAAACUGUGCUGGUUGCCCAAGGACCACUAUCUGUAGAGAAAUUAGACGUUAAAAUGUCUCAUAGUAAAGCUUCAAUAAGAGCGGGCUUUUAUUCCUUACUGCACACAUCGAAAAAUGAAAAUCUACCAGAAAUAAAACAACAACCUACGCCUGAACCUGAACCAAUACCUUCUUCAAAAACAUGGUUGUACAAUAAAUCCGAAACGGUUGUGUUUGAGAGUAAAAGCUUCAGCGAACUUCACAAGCAAAAACUUAUAGACGAAGCAAAAGAAAACGAUGACAUUCUAGAAAGGAUUUUGCCGAUUGUUCCGAAAAAUUGCUCGUUGCACAUCGACGAUACUUCGUUUAAAGGUUUCAGUGAAAACGGCGACCACGAAUACACUUCUUUCCUGAAAUCACUAGCUUUAAAUUACCGAUCAGUAUCGCAAACCGAAAGAAAAGACGGCGUUUUGUUUAAUUUCUAUUUAAACAAUUUCAGUUUGGAAAAUAAUACAGAUAAAACAGUGGAACUAAAAAACUUUAGCAUUGACGCUAAGUUUAAAAACAACAUUGUAAACAUUUAUUUGCAACAAAACAAUUUACUAAUCACCUACAAUCAUUUAGUGAUUUUCAAGUGGAUUCAUGCAAACUUUUUGAAACAAGCAAAUAACACCUCUAAAAAAAUAACCCCCAAAACUCCUGUAUACUUUGAUACCAAAAAACGCUACUCGAUGCUUGAAGAAAUCAUGAAAAAUAUAUCGAUAAACUUUUGCGCUGAAAUUUCCAAUGUAGUCGCUGUAAUCAAGCUGAAGGCCGACAAUUCCUCUUCAAUAGGCUUCAAUAAACUCAGAUUAAUGCUGGAUCAAGCUCAGGAAAGCAAAGGAACCAAAUACGAAUCUUAUUUGGCCAAUUUAUUACUUAGCGACAGACAUUGGCAAACAGAAUUACUCAUUGAAUCUUUAUGGUGGUCUUUUAAGGAAUGGAAUCACACUAAAAACAUUUCUAAGGUAAUGCACGUUUGGGGCACACCAAUUUAUUUAGGAAUGGGUUUGAUUAAGUUUUGCACUUCCGGAAACCAAGGAUUGAAACUGUACUCUAUACUUGAUACUUUGCAACUGGAAUGGUCAAUGGAGUUGGCCGAUUACAGUAUUUUAGCUUUCAAGUCGUUUUUGAACUACCAGUUUAAAUUAAAAAAGUGGCUGAACGAAAACCCGCCGGUUGUUGAAACUGGUGCAAAUUUGACUGCUAGCAUGGUGAUUACUCAUUUUAAUUGUUUUUUGCAGUCAAGAAAUAAAGAAUAUUUCGUGUCAAGAUUAGACACGAUAAGCAUCGAUACCACUAAAGGCAUGUCCAGUUUCAAAUUUGAAGAAUUCAAAAUAUUCACUUUGGUCAAUACCGGCGAUUAUUAUACAUGCAUAAGGACCGAGGAUAUUUUAAAUUAUGAAAUAUUCAUUAAAAUCGCCCAUUUGGAUUACAGUAGGAAGGAGAACGGCGUGGAGUACAAUAUUUCUUUAUUGGAAAAUAGUGUGGCGUUUUGGUCGACAAAUUUCCAUUUGAAAGCUCUACUAUUAAUCAAAGACAUCCAAGAAUUUGCUGACAAUUUUAUGAAACUCCUACCAAAAAUCAAAAAGCCCGAAAUCCACCCUCGUGAUUUUCCUGUGAAAAUUAUCAACUGCAGUAUUUAUAACAAAGUGGAGUUUUACAUAGAUAUCAAUAAGGAUCAUAAUAUGAAGAUUGUAUUAGAUGAACUUUUGCUCUCCACAAACUUGCACUGGCAUUUGGAAAAACGAAACACAAAUCACAUAAUAAAUAGUGUUACGAUUGCAAUAGACGACGCUGAUAUAUUCGAAAUCAAAGGCUUGUCCAUUAAAAGGCUUUUCAAAGGCCAACCAGAAACGAGAAAAAUUGUAAUCGAACGCAAAGAAGCGGAAUUCACAGAGGCCUUUAAUAAAAUCACUUACUUAUUGGAAGUUGACUUACUAAAGGUAGUAUUUCCGCACAAACACAAUUACGCAGAAGCUGUACAGAAUCAAUUUUUGUCAAUCAUCAAAUGGUUGAAAAUCGUUCACAAAAAGGAAAAGAGGCCUGACGAUCUAAAUUUUCCUGCCGAUUGGCUGAUCAAUAUUAAAGAUUUUCUUAUGGAAAUGAGCGACGAUCCGUUUGAAGUCAAACUGAGAGACAACUUUGAACUAUUAGAAGACGAAUACAACGAAAGCCUGAAACGUCAAAAAAUGCUAAAAGAAAAAAUAGCCGAGCUUCUAAAAACUCAUUUGCACAUGCCAGCAGGCAAAGUGGAAGAAUUAUAUGCCACUUUGAAAAAACGUUGCGCAGACAUUUACAUUCAAAGAUCAAAGUUGUUGUAUCAAGCGGCACCUCAACGGACCAGAUUGUUCGCUUGGAGCAUGACCAACGUCGAAUUGAUGAUUAUAAUGGAUUAUGGUCAAAUCGUAGACUUGAAAUAUCAUUUGAGAUCGAUGGAUAAAGACACUCCUUGGCCUGAAGAAGAUUUAAAGUUUUCCACUGGCUGGUGUAGGAAUAUCAGUCUAAGAUGUGAGGAAUGGAAAUUUCAAUUGCGCGAUUUUCCUCAGCCGUUGUUGCAAAUCAAGCAAAUGUAUUUGUGCGGUCAGUUGGCCGGGGCUGAACAAGUUGCGCCGGAUAGGGCUACUCGUACAGUCAUGGUAGACCUGGGCGACCCUUUCGAACCGUUCAAAGUGGCCAGAGGCAUGCAACCCAUGAAAUUCUACUACGAUUUGAAUUGCGAAAUCGAAUCUUUCAGCUACGCUUUCGGGCCCUGCUGGGAACCGGUUAUAGCUCAGUGCAAUUUGAGUUUUAACCAGAUCAGCGCUCCUUCUAAAGACCCGUCACCUCCGUUACUGUUUUGGGACAAAAUGAGGCUUUUGAUGCAUGGUAGACUCACUAUGGUAGUUCAGCAGAUGCAAGUGCUGCUUCACGCUUCGUUGGAUCCUUAUAAUACUACUGAGGAAAUGGCGCUCACUUGGGAGAAAGUCAUCAUGGAUUGGACUAAUGCUAAACUCGUAUUCAAAGGAGACCUAAACAUAUUCGUGAGAACAGCCUCAAAGUACGACGACGUCCAACUACUAAAACUACCCAACCUAAAACUGAUUCUCGGUUUCCAUUGGGUAUGCUUGGCCGAUCCGAACGACCAUCACAACGUCAUCUAUUGCGCCCCGAAUAAAAUUCCAGAAUAUUCCAGCAACCAAGUUCACGACUCUUUCAGGGCCUUCCGUUCACAAAAUCUUAAUUUGAGCAUCGUUUUGGAAACAAAACCUACCCCUAAUCAAACCUCCAAUAGUUGUCCUAUUUUGUUGAUUUAUGGCAGCACUUUGAGGUGGAUAGAGAACUUGAAACUAAUUUUAUCAGGUGUUACAAGACCGACAAGACGUGGCAAAAUCUUCGACAACCAACGACCGAAAAAGAUCCAACUGAGCCGCCACUACAAAAAAAUCAACCUCCUAGUGGGCCUGCACAAAUUCCAAGUUUGCUAUUGGAUGUCUUUUGCUAUGCACCGAGGCUGCGAAAUGUUCGGAGGUCGUUUGGCUUCAAGUUCGGAACAUUCCCUUUCUCUAGUGUCAGUGGACGAUGGCCUUAAGCACAGACCGAAAGCCGAAUGGAGUAUUGUUUAUAUGAACUCGGAAUUGAGCGACUCGGAAAUUUGGUUAAAGAGUGCGCUGCAAGAUGAGUCGGAGUUUGAAACUUCACGGUUGCAACCUGUUGAGAAAACUUAUUGUUUGUCAGUGGCAAAAGUAUCUUAUGGUAGAGAAGCUGUUUUGCCUAAUCAAGCCCUUGCUGACCGUAACAAAGACACUCCAACUCAUAAGUUAGUGGUUUACGAUUUAAGAGGGGCUUGGACUAAAAGUAAUAGAAAUGUUGCAUUUGCUUUGUUUGAUACUUUUAUGAAAACAACUAGAACCAAGAAAAACUUAUCAACUGAGGCCUUGAAAGGCUUCAGAAAAGACACAAACACUACACCGAUGAAACGCAGAAAUGCUGAUUCAACUAGUACACCGCCCAACAAUGCAGUUCAGGGUAUCCAAUCAGCAUCAGCGGUUCAAGACGCGGCUUCGCCCAUCAGCAAACUUCAAUCGGGCCAUGCAGCUAACAUGCUACAGCAGCUGAUUGCUGAAGUCGAUAACAAUUCCAUAGUUUAUAGUGACGAUUUGUCAGCGGUUUCGAGGCAACAGCAUUUGCAAGGGGUGCAAGCCUGUCAGGAGGAUGAUGUUAUCCAUAAGAAUUGGCAAAUUUCUCUAGUGAACGCCCAAGUGUUACUGAAAGGCUGUGAAACCAACGGUUACGUAAUUCUAAGUGCCGCAAAGGCAGAAAUUUUGCAACGAAUCCACCGUCCAGCCUGGAAAGACAGAACUCUAGUCUCCAAAACUACUUGGACGGGGCUUUUGGAGUGCAUGCAGUAUUACGCCACAGUGAACGCUGGAGAAAACGACAUCAACGAAAAUAUUAUGUGGCUAACUGUGGACAAUAUCCAAGAAAAGGAAUCUGCCGAGAUAUCUGAACCGUCAGAGGUACCCAAUAUGGUUGGCAGUGGGGUUUCUGUGGGGGCUGUUGUUAGCGAUACAGUGGGUCCUAGUACCUCAAGACAACUCCAAAGAAUUGUUUCGAGGUGUAAAUGUGAAUUUUAUUAUGCCGGCUAUGGAGAUAUUAGUGUCGAUCCUGAAGGUAUUAGUGAAAUUCCUCCACCUCCACAAGAAGAUGUCAGCCCUUGGGACAGUAGACAAUCAGGUGUAGACGCCUUUACGCUGAUGCAUUACGAUUUAGAAGUUUGUACCAACUCUCUACAGUAUGCAAUGCUUCUAGACAUAAUCAACAACUUGCUGCUCUACGUGGAACCGCACCGAAAAGAAGCACUGGAAAAAUUGGCGAGGAUGCGAUUCCAGUUGCAGUUGCACAGCGUCGAAGACCAAAGGCGGCCGAUCCAAGAAAAACAAACUAUAGUCAGGAAUAUCAAUAAUAAGUUAAGACGUCUGGAAAAGGACACUUAUAUGUUGAACAAAGCGUUAGAAGAGGACGCUGACGAUAAAGAUUUGAGAGUGGAAUUGGAGAGACUAGAAAGACUCAUGCACGAUUGCAAAAUGAACCUAAACGCUCAAAGCGAAGAAUUAGAUAUGAUGCUCUCUUGCUACAAAGAAACUCAACUUUUAGCCAAUGCCAGGCUGGCAACUACAAGAAGUGACAAACCCCUAACUGUAGUCAGAGCCAAUGAAAUUUGCUUCAAGCACGCCCAGUGGAGACUCACUGAAGCUGACGGCCAAAUUGGUAUUGCCGAUUUAGUGCUGAGCAAUUUUCUGUAUACGAAAAACUCGAAAUCUGACGAUUCAAUGGAACAUUUGCUAGAGUUGGGCUACUUGAGAAUGACUAAUUUGUUGCCAAAUGAAAUUUAUAAAGAGAUUUUGUGUCCUACUGAAAUUCAAUAUGAUAUGCCAAUUGAACAUAAAAAAGUUUUAAGGAUAUUUUGUAGAGAAAAACCUCCAGUUGGAGGCAUAUCAGUAAAAGAACACUUUGAAAUCAACUUGGUACCACUAACCAUUGGUCUAACAAAGAAAUUCUACAAUACAAUGAUGAAAUUCUCAUUUCCUGAAAGAGACACUGAGAGUUCGGACUACAACGAUAGAGCAAGCGAGGAUGGCGAUGCGGAAACCAAAAGCAAAAAGGGCAAAUCCAAGAAAAGUCGCGACUCCAACUUUUACGUGCACAUCGACGACGUCGAAAAAAUGAAAGAGCGGGCUGAAAAAAACAAAUUAUUUGUGUUUAUUAAAAUACCAGAAGUACCAGUCAAAGUCAGCUAUAAAGGCACCAAAGAGAAAAACCUGGAAGAUCUCAGAGACGUUUCUAUUGUGAUACCGACGUUGGAAUAUCAUAAUAUGACGUGGACUUGGUUGGAUUUGUUGAUUGCUAUUAGGAAUGAUACGAAAAAAGUGAUUUUAUCCCAGGCUAUAAAGCAAAAAUUGCAAAUCAAAAGAAAUACGGGUACCGCCGAAGACAGUUCCGCACCGCAGGAAGAAGACAAGGCAAAAAUGUUGCUCGGUUCCAGACACGCUCCCGAAAACAGAAGUAUACGAAAAGGGGUUUCAGGAGUGCUCAAACUGGGCAAAUGACUUAACAUAAAUCAGUAAUAAUUAUUGUUGUCGCUUAUUUGAUAGGUUGCAACUUAUGUAAAUUAAUGUUUUUAGGAACAAAUAAAUUGCUAUAUUUAUUAUAUAUAUUUUUUUUUAAUGAAUUAGCUAAAAAUAUAAAUAAUCACUUACAUAUUUAAUAUAUAAAUUUAAGUGAUUUUGUCUUAAUGUAAAAUUAUUUACAAACCCAUAGUAACAAUAGAAAAAAAACCGUAUAAACUAUGGACUAUAAUAAUAGCAGAUUAAAUAAGUUAAAAAAGUACAAUCCAAAAAUACAUUAUCAUUCAACCAAAGGGGGAAGACUUGAGUUGUUUUGAGAAUCGAGAAUAACGCCCUAUUUACUUUUGGUAAUGGAGAUAGUUGAAUGAAUGAAAAUGGUAUUGCACAUUGUUAAAAAUACAUUGCAAAUAAAGUAUCAAUUGAGUCAAAAUGUUUUAAAAAUGUACAGGGCCGGUAUUCUCGUUCCCAAAUACGCUCACCACUUUCUAUUCGCUCGUCACUUUUAAUGUAAAUUUACAUUAGAAGUGCCGAGCGACUAAAAAGCGGAGAGCGUUUUCGAGAACGAGAAUACUAGCCCAGGAUCUUUCUUCAUUUAUUGACACUGAAAUUUUCAAAAUUUGAUUUCUGAUACAAAGUUGUUUUGAAGUAAUUGAGUUUUAGGACCAGGAAGCAUUCUAAAAAUUUGUACUGGGGAUGUCAACCAAUGAUGAAAGUCCCUGUACAAUUAAUUUACGAGAGGCAAACGAAAUUAAAAACAUAAUUAGGGCACCCUAUAGAAAAUUAAAAAUUGAUACUUAAUCUAUUUAUUUACAAACACUCUACUAUCUUUGCACUUUGAAACCUUUAGUUCCAUCAGGUCCCCUAGGUGUCCUUAUAAUAUCCGGUUCAAUUCUAGCUUUCACCAUGGCUAUUUUACUAAUAGAAAAAUCAAAUUAAUAACAAAUCAUUUAUACAUUACAUUCAAAUAACAUUACUUCUCUUCUGUUUUUUCCGAACUAGCUUUGCCCAAUAUCCUCAGCCUGGCCUCGGCGUAUUCUUGUUCGCGCUGCUGCAAAGUCUUCUUAGGCACUGAUUUUCGAUUAUCGUGAUUGCUUUGUGCCCCUUUUAUGGGUCUUUUUAAUAUUUUGACCGUCGGCUCGGGAGGCACGUAUUGAGAUCUUAAGGCAUCGUCACCUGUUAAAGUCACUUUGAUUGGACCCUUUUCAAUGCUACCG